AUGUCGAUUCAUACUAGUACUAACCUUAGUUCAACUAUGUCUGAUUCUUCUAUUUUGAACAGUAGUAGAGCUCAGUCUUCAUCAAUAUCUCUUUUAUCAUUAACGGACAAAUCAUCGAAUUUUCUCCAAACAACAAAACGUAUUUCACAUUCAUUGAUCUUUCGUGGAAUGAUCGGUUUUCAAAUCAUGGCCUACGGUUCCUAUUCGGUUUUAGUUCAUCUUUGCGAAAAAAAUGGUCGAAUCACGUUUUCAUCAUCAACAAUGAAUUUCAUGAUUGAAUUUUUGAAAUUAAUCUUUUCUUUCAAUGCUCUUAUACUUCUAAAACAAUUCACAUUCGACGAGAAGUCAUUCCUUUCAGUGAUGAAAAAGUCGAUCCCAUAUUCAAUACCUGCUAUUCUUUAUUUCAUUAACAACAAUCUCGCUGUACAUAUGCAACUUUACAUGGAUCCGACCUCGUAUCAAAUUCUGUCAAAUUUUAAGAUUUUUACCACUGCUCUACUUUACCGUUUAGUCAUUAAACAAAUUCUAUCCAAACGACAAUGGUUUGCAUUGACAUUACUCUUAUUCGGUGGAUUUAUUUAUAGUGUUGGAACAUUGAAGAACUCAUCUUUUGUUUCGAAAACUCGUAUUGACUCAAGUUUAAUCAUACGAGAAAUGUAUAUACGUCCAUUAGGUAUUCCAAUGAUAAUAAUCUAUUGUAUAUUGAGUGGCCUUGCUGGUGUCUACAAUGAAUGGAUAUUAAAACGAAAUUAUAAUGAAUCACUUCAUUUACAAAAUGUUUUUCUUUAUAUGUAUGGUACUUUGUUCAAUUUGAUACCAACUUUUCGGUUAUUAACGACAAAUUUUCAAUUCAAUCAUCUUUUUCAUGGUUUUACAUUUUAUACUUGGAUAAUUGUUUUUACACAAGCAUUAAAUGGUUUAUUUAUGUCUGUAGUGAUAAAGCAUUCUUCGAAUAUCAUUCGAUUAUUCGUUAUCUCAUUUUCUUUAAUCGUAACUACUGUGCUUUCGUUUUUUAUCUAUCAUAUUAGUUUGAAUAUGUAUUUUUUCAUAUCGUUCAUUACAAUGACUUGUGCACUUUCACUUUAUUAUACGAACUAA